CACAUCUUUUGCAGCAACCUGAAAGGAACUGCAGAACCUCACACACUAUUCACUUUCUUCUGCUGACUUCAUUAUAAAACAAAGCUGAUAACUGCUCCCUCAUACUAAUUAUUCUGUGGGUAUACUUUCAGCAUUGAUAAUGUCCCAAAAAAACAUACUGAUGGUGUUAUCUGUUUAUGCUGUUAUCCUGGUAUCUAUUUACAUAAGCUUGGUUUUGAAUAAAUGAUAUUUCACAUAUUAAGAAACAAAACACAUGGAGAGUUUCGUCAGAAUCUCGCUGAAUAAUUUAUUAGGUUAAAACAGUUUAGACAGAAAAACACAACAUAAUUCUCUGGAUUUACAAAUUAAUUAUAGCAAAGAAAAGUUAAGUUUAUAGCUGAAUUUCACAAUGGGAACACCAGGUAUCUACAAGGUAACAGAACAGUGUGGCUUUAAUCCUUCACCAGCUAUUCAACGCCAAAUGACAGACUCAUCAGACAGAUGUUUCAUUAAUAUCAAGCGCCCAGUAUAUAAGACAGAUGAAUUCAUUAAAACAUUUCAAAAAGAGAUUACACCACUUAGGUGGCAUGCUAGGUUGGGUUUCUACCUCAGGAAUAAAAUGAAGUGCAGUAAAAGGGAUCUUUUGGGGAUGCUCCCUAUCAUUAAUGUAAUUCAAACUUACCAACUGAAAGCGUUCUUCCUUGGUGAUUUCAUUUCGGGAAUUACUGUUGGCUUCAUGCAGUUACCGCAAGGUCAGUAGUCAUGAGAGUGUGUG